AUGUCAUACUACAACCCAUAUCAAGGUAUGCAUCAGCAGUAUAUGGGCCAACCAUACUACCAAUACUACCCUCAACUGGACUCCAACGGUCAGUUGCAUGGUCAGGAGCAGCACGAACAGCGGCAUCAGUUCCUCCCCGGUGCUCAGUAUGAUCAGUUCGGCUCUCACUCAGAUAACCUUGGUGGUUUCCAUGACGAUAGAGAACGCCUGCCUCAUGCGGGUCACUUCAACAACGGUGAUCUCUACGGUGUGGAAGAGAGCAACUUUUUUGAUGACUCUGAUCUCCCCCACGCGUACGGCUCGAAUCACCAACCUUUGUCGGCAGAUGCCGCCUUGAGCCGCCAGAUGCAAGAGCAGUUAAAUCUUGGAGGCUUUCCUGGCGAGUCAAACUUCGGCCACUCACCUUUUGUUGACGGUAACGCUGGUCAUGUUCCCCAGACACCCAGUGGAGAGAUUCUUCUUGGUGGAUCGGGCCAAGCAGGUAUCGUACCACCUUCCCCCAACAACGGGUCUAACAUGCCCACGCAGGUUGCUCCUUCCAGAACGGUUUACUUGGGUAACAUUCCGAGCGACAUCGAGCCCAACGAGUUGUUAGAUUACGUGAGAAGCGGUAUCUUGGAGAAUGUCAAGAUAUUACCUUCCAAGAAUUGUGCAUUCAUCUCGUUUAUCGAUGCGCAAUCAGCAUUGUUGUUCCAUUCUGAUUGCAUUUUGAAGAAACUCCAUAUUAAGGGUAACGAUAUUCGUAUCGGUUGGGGUAAGAACGCACCAAUUUUGCCCGCUGUGAUGGAAGCUAUCCAGAGGGAUGGAGCAACUCGUAAUGUCUAUCUUGGAAACUUGAACAACCCUGUUACCGGUGAAAUCAUCCUGGAAGACGAGUUGAGGGAGGACUUGUCUACAUUCGGUGUCAUCGAUUGCAUUAAAGUUAUCCCAGACAAGGGUAUUGCAUUUAUUCAUUUUUUGUCCAUCUUGAGUGCUAUAAGGUGCGUUGCCAACUUACCUUUGAAGGAGAAAUACUUGGACAAGAAAUGCUUUUACGGUAAGGAUAGGUGUGCCUUCAUUACCAAGACGCAACAGCACAACGCUGCACAGUACUUAGGUUUGGCUCCUGGUAUGGAGCACGUUGUCACUGCCGCCGAUAGAGAGUUCAUUUCAAGUGCAUUGGUGCAACAGUCUGCUGCUGCUGCACAGAUUGCCACACAAGCUGGUGGCGCUAAUAACUUGGGUAAUAGAACUGUUUAUUUGGGUAAUUUGCAUCAGGAAUCCUCUGUCGAGGAGAUUUGCAAUGUGGUAAGGGGUGGAUUGUUGCAAAGUAUCCGUUUCUUGAGUGAAAGACACGUUUGCUUCAUUACAUUCAUCGACCCGAUCGCCGCUGCCCAAUUUUUCGCUAUGUGCCAGUUACAUGGCUUGACUAUUCACAACAGAAGAAUCAAGGUUGGCUGGGGAAAGCACUCAGGUCCUUUAUCCAACGCCUUGUCUUUGGCUGUCUCCAAUGGUGCGCUGAGAAACAUUUACAUUGGUAACAUCACCGAUUUCGAGUACUACAACGCCAAGAAGUUGAGGAAGGAUUUCACCAAGUUUGGUGACAUCGAGCAAAUCAAUUAUCUCGAGGAGAAGAAUUGCGCGUUCAUCAACUUUGUCAACAUUGCUAAUGCCAUCAAGGCUAUUGACGGCAUCAAAUCCUUCGACGACUACAAAAAGUUGAAGAUCAAUUUCGGUAAAGACAGAUGUGGUAACUUGCCUAGGCAAUUCCAAAACCAGCAGCAGGUGAACCAAAACAUGAACUUGCCACAGUUUGCAAGUAGCAUGACGCAGCCCAGUGACGACAGCUCAAAUUCUGACACUGAAUUUGUUGACGAGAACACGAAGGAUCCAAGCCAAUGA